AGCAUUGUCUGUUCUGCUUGCAUCUAGUACACAGAUUUGAGACGAUAUUUUCGCCAUGAAGUUGCUGUCGAUGUUCCUGGCCAUUGCUGUGGUCGCCUCCUGCCUGGUGGCCUGGGCCAGCGCCAUGCCCGACCCUUACGCCUUGGCUGACGCCGACCCUGAAGCUGUCCCCGACGCUGUUCCUAAGGCUGACGCUGAGGCCGAUCCCCACUUCGGGAGAGGUUUCGGAGGCUUCGGAAGAGGAUUUGGAGGUUUCGGAAGAGGUUUCGGAAGAGGUUAUGGAGGUUUCGGAAGAGGUUAUGGAGGUUUCGGAAGAGGUUUUGGUGGUUUCGGAGGGGGAAGAGGUUUCGGUCACUUCGGUCACGGCUUCUGGUAAAAACCUCCAGCUCAUGACAUCUCGGACAGUGACGAUUGCUUUGUAACAUUGGCCUUUUCAACGUUCUUUGCAGGAACCCUGAAUAAAUUUUCGCCACAUGAAGAAAAUAAUU